AGCGCAGCGACAUGGCUUUCUAGAAAUUUUUCUUGGAACUACUGAUGAGUCAAUGUUUUCACUCUCAAAAGCAAGGACUCGCAAUGAUGUGUGUAAACACAGAACGAGCUUAUAAAGUCCAAUUUCCACUGCACCAGCACGGCGUCGCUAGAUGCGCUGACGAACUUUUGAAUCUUUAUCGUCUGUUAGGUAAAGAGAAAGACUCGCAAGAACUACGCGAGGAAGUGAUUCACGCUAAUCAGAACUGUCGUGCUCCUUCCAAGCGUUCGCGCGUCCUCAUUCUCAGCGACAAGGCGAGUAAGUCAGAUUCUUGUGAAGAAGGUAGUACCGGACACCGAGUCUCAGAGCUUCUGUUGGAAAAAGAUAUCAGCACUGAUUUAAAAGAUGCGUGCGAGUCCUCGCGCGGACACGUCGCUGUCUAAUGACGAAGAGGACGAGAUUCUUUUCAUGCGUAAAGCAUUGGAAAAGCAUCGAGGGCGGAAGGUGCUAAAUACCGGAACCCAACAGGUACAGUUUCGCUGUAAUUGAUGAACUUUUCUUUGUUUAAUCUCGUAUGGGUGCAUGCUGCGCUGCUUCCUGUGGUCAACACAUAGUGAAACGUACCAUGACACAACUGAAACAGGCACACCAGGGUGCACGUCGGGAACAAGCGAAAAAUACGAGAAGCAGAAGACCGCAACGAACGGGGCGCAGCUCACCUUCCGCCAGUUGUAGCGAUCGUGGCUCGAAAGAAAAAACAUCCAAGCUCCGAUCCCGACGCGGCGCAGAGGACAAAACUACCGGUGGGAGAGACCCUGAAGCUAGAGCAGAAGAUGUAGAAGUUGCAGAAGAUUUUUCCUCAUCGCGAAGGCAACGUCGCGAACAGAACAAUUCCGAAAAUUCCGGCAGUAGAAAACAGCGAGAGCAGACCACUUAUAAAUUUCAGCGAAGCCCCCGACGAGGACCAUCGCGGGACCAGGCCCCCGAAGAGGACGUUUACAAGAGGCGCCGACCGCGCGACGUGUCUCCCCGCCGAGGAGGGGAACAAGGCAAUAGUAAGCGUCGCAUCGUGGACGGUGGCAGAGCAGGAGAACGUAGUCCACCAAGUAGGAGCGCGCGAAGAGCGAAUGCGCGAGCGGAAAGAAGUACUGGAGAAAAAUCACUGACGAGUAAAAAUAGGAGGCGGCGGAGUAAAAAUUCUGGACGGCACGACGUUGCUGUGCCAAGUACUUCAAGUCACGACAGAAGCUCCUCGACUAGGAACAAGGAGCAGAGCAAGGAACGCAGUAAAAACCGCGCCACCAAGCUGCAGAAGCAGUCUGUGAGCAGCUCUUCGUCUAGUUCGCCUUCCGCUGCGUCCUCAUCUUCCAAAAGGAGAGAGCAACAAAUAGAACGGACAAGAAAGGAGCACGAAAAGCGCGAGCGACAGCGCCGCAUCGCGGAGAUGAACAAUUUGAGCGACUUAUCCUGUGUAAAAACGUCCCCACACCAUAGCUGUCAUGCAAAUCUGCAUGCUUAAAAUGUUUCUCAUGCGGAGCCCCAUGAGCAGCAUUUUCCCGUCGUGUUUUGCAAUUUGUAAUGCUCCAAUCAGCGUGGUAUGCUAGAUCUGUGAUGCUGCUGAGGUAGCUCAAAUAGCACUACACUACGGAUCCAAGUUUGUCAUGCAAAACAGCCAAAGCUUGUGGAUUUGUCUAGCCGAUUCCCCAACUUGACUCUGGUGUGGGUACGUUUUUACUCAGGAUACGACUGCUCUGUCGAGGGACGCCGCGACCGCGCAAAGCGGCUCGCCCUGGCUGCUGCCAAGCGGAAGCGCGAGCGGAAUAAUAGUUCCUCGGAUCUGCGAAAGAGUAGGAAAAGAAAAAGGCGAGACGAAGUUAAUUAUACCAUGCGGUCUUCCUCGCCGUCGUCCCGGAGGUCUUCCAGUCUGGAUGGCGAACAGAUCGACGACGCGGAGCUCCUGGAAAGCCGGCCGCACCCGGAGGGCCGGCACCCACGCCUCGCUGUGUACAUCCCGGAGGAGGAGUGGCGGGCGCAGCCGGGCGAGGGGGCGGACUUCCUCACGGCCGUCGUGGGUCCGGUCUGGAAUAACAUGGUGACGCGCAGACUCGUUCGUGAAAGAACCGACAACAAUGUGCCGCGGCUACUCGCGGCGCGAAAACCGACCUGCGCGGACGACAACUGCAGGGGAAAGAGGCAAGAGUUCCACCCACCAUCUUGGAUGAUCGACGAAGCGAAGACAAGUAGAAUAAAACUUGUUCGACUAUACUUUCGUGAUAGAGAAGAUGUUGAAAAUCUUGUUUGCAUCGAUAGAUACCUAUUUCAGCUUGCCAUUCAUGAAGCAAACUUUGGGCGUCGUGUGUGCCCGCGCACCAUCAGAGAAAUGAACAUUGUCACUUGAUGUCGUAGUUUUCGCUCACAGAGUUCAAGUCGACAAUGCACCAGUAGGAAUAAUAAUUUCUUCCUCUUUCCAAAUCACCCACAGGUGGUGAGCGACGCGUGUACCGAAAGCUGAUUUUCCAGCACAUUCCCCCGUUCUACAUGCGGCACGCGCUGGCGCAGCUGUACAAAUAUGUGACGCACGUGCGGCACAUCAACGGGGCCUUGAUGUGGGCCGACAGCGAUUUGGUCGAGAGUUUCUUCGGCGAGGACGAAAUCCUGGAACGCCGCCAACAGCGCGAGCGCGACGGAUUGCCGUCCCGCAGCGGCCCGCCCAGCCGGCAUUUCAUCCCUCGCGACGAGGACGGGAACCCCCUGGGCAAGGAGGCGGCCGCGCGGAGGAUCAAGGAGUUGGAAGACAGCUGGCCCGCCCGGUCCUACGAGCUGCUGAGUCCAAAGAAGCGCACGCCCUCAGAUCCCGGUACGGACUACGAAAUGCGGGACGAGGAAAUCGUGGAGGUCAGACGAGGACGAUUAGACAUUCCGGCUGCUUGCUCCAGCGGCACGGAAGCUGAUGAUCGCAGAGGGAGGACGAGUGCGGCGGAAGUAGAUGAAGUCGACAAAAAGGAAAAGAGGCGGACAGUAUUAAUGAGUGACCACGACGAGAAAGGCGCGGCGAAAGCGAAAGCGAAACGAAGACGCAAGGCGAAGUCGGAAUCUUCCUCCGAGGGCAAAAAUUCUCCCGCAGCGGAAGUAGUAGAACAAUCGGCGGAACAUCUCCAACACGCAGAGCAAGAAGAAAGCAGCCCUGCUGCAGCCUCUUGUUCUCAGGAACGCAGUAAAUCUGAGCGGGUACUACAACCAGAGCAGGAGAGAAGCAGAAGGAGCAGAGAAGAGGACGAGGCAUCAAAUGAGGAUGCUCAAGAACGACUUGUAGAGGAGGAGCCGGGGAGUACUAACAACCAGGAGCAUGAUCAGUCCGAGCGGCGUCGAAGAACGCGGAGCGAGGAUUCGAGAUCCUCCUCUUCGCACAGCAGGCACUCUUCGUCGCGAAGGCGGAGCAGCGGAAGCAGAAGUGCUGUCGAAAGGAGUAAAGCUGCCUCGUCUCGGAAGGGGAGCGAGCGAGAUCUUGCUGUCGAAGACAUUUUUGACCGGGAGAGAAACCGCGGAAGCUCAAGUGACGAGGAGAAAAGCGAAGCAAAGAAGGAGGAGAGGAGCCGGGGUAAGAGGGAUCACAAAUCGGCAUCACGGCGUGAAGACCGCGGGGACAAAAAAUCACAGGAUGAGAACCGUCGAUCUCGGUCACGGUCAGAGUCUUCGCAUUCUUUGUCAAGGCACAAACCUUCGCAAAAAAAAAACCACGAGCGCAGCGGGAGACGACAAAACAGCAAGUCUUCGAAGAGCAAACACAACAGCAGAAUUUCGCACGAACGCAGUCGCGGCAGUGGCCGAAGUGGAAAAUCUUCGCAAAAGGAAGAAAGAAGUAAAAAUUCGCGGAGGGUGCCCUCCGACAGGCCGUCGGACCAUAAUGACGUUCAGCGGCCUGCAGAGAAAGGGUUUGGUUCAAAAAGUCGAUCCUCGAAAAUACCAAAAUCGAAGGAAAACAUCAAUAAGGAAGAGCCGAGAAGUGCGAGCGCCUCCUCGUUCGCGGCCUGUUCUUCCUCGUCCGCAGCUGAGAAUUCGUCCGUCGUGCGGGCGAAAGCCAAGCUGCGGCCUUUUCCAACAAGAGCGACGAGAUCUGGCGCGGUCGUGGGUCCCCCGCCUGCCGCCGCCGCGUCUGGGUUGCGGCCGUUGCCGAAAGACGCCCUCGCUCGCAGCAGCCUGAACCGGGCCGCGGCCGGGACCAAGACGAGACCCAAGUUAAAGCCUUGGAAGGGGAACGAGCGAUUACCCGUACAGUGUGAGAUGAACCGAAAGGAGGUCGCCAAAGUACGAGGCGCUAUACCUGCGGCCAACAGUUGUACCGUCGUGGAGCCACAGGUUUCGGUCGAUAACGAGGACGCAAUCAGCACAAACGUUCGGUCGUCUGGCGGCACGAAGGAUGACAGCGACGUCGAACAGGACCUGGAGGACGCCAGAGGAGCAGGUACAGAGCAAGGGGAGGACCCACAAAGCAGUAAGAAUGAGGGCACUGAUGGUGCUUCCAAGAAGCGUCGAAAGAUUUCUUCGGAACCGAUCCAGCGACCCAAUCUGCAGAAGCUAGACUCGACCUGCUUCUCGACCACGUCUAGGGAGGAGAAGAGGGUGGAACAAAGGGAUAAGACAGAAACUACUAGACAUAAUCGCAAUUACAACAACCGCAGGCGGGAACAAAGCAGACCGCGCGCGCCUCCGAAACAAGUUAUCGGCCGGAGUCGGUACGACGAGGAGAUCAGGGCGGAAGAGAGGCAGUUACGAAACAGUCGAGAGGGAGCAAAAGACGGGGACCCCAGCCCGCAUGCACCACAGAGUGUGGACAUUCCCAUUUCUGAACUCGGAUCAGGAGACCAUGACAACACGAAGCUGGACCCGCACUCUCGCUACUGCUCGAGUGGCCGAGCGCCUCGGCGAGGAGAGCCAGGCAAGACACUGCAAAAGCGCGUUUCCAGUCGCGAACGCAGGAACAACAACAUCAACAAGGUUGUCGUCGCCCCGCGAAACGGCCGCAGUGCGUCGCGAAGCGCGGCGAGGGGGCCCAACGUCAACCGGUCGCGCUCUCGGUCACGGAGAAACACGACCCACGGUCGCAGUAAGGGUCGGCGAGUCAGCUCGCGGUCCCGUGGGCGGCGUGGUGAGCGUCGGGGGCAACGUAACCGACACAGUAGCAGAGACAGAAAUCGGUCGUCGUCUUCGUCGGCCACGGGAAGUAGCGGCACCGGUGCGGGGAAGGCGUACGAACUCUCCGCCGACGAGUCGCUGUCCGACAGUCGCAAAAACCGCAACCGCCGGCGACGCCGGAACAAUGAUAUUCGCACCAACCGGUCCGCAGACAGCGGGCGAGAGCGACGGGAGGACACAAUGAAACAGGGCACGAAGACAGAGCCCGAAAGUACUAAGGCAACCGACACGAAGGAAGAGCCAGUCCACCCCAUUCCAACGGCGUUUGCAAUGUAUUGUGACCUUUUGUUUUACUUGCUCGCGGCGCGUGAAGAAUUUUGGAACUAUUAAACAAGCGUUUUGGAGCGCAGUUUAUGAUACUAGAAGAUUUUCUUGUGUUAUUGUUCGUCAAAUUAUUCAAUCAUCAAGUACUCUGUCGCUGUCCGAGAAGAACGAUGACUGCGCUGCAAUACAUAGCUACGUGCAGAAGUUUUCUCGUACUAAUUUCUUGACUCUCCUGACCUCGUUUAUGUUCGAAUGGAAUGCCACCCCCCGAAACGAUCAUGAUGUUUAACUUUUACAGCUCUUCAAUCGUCUCUCCCACCUCGUCUGCAUCGGCGCAGCUGACAGAUGCGCACCGGGUGGCGGAGAUCAACAAGGUGAUCAAGGUGCGCAUGAAUCCCAUGGAGAAAGCGCCGCACUGCCGGAUUCUGCCCUGGCCGCUGCGAACCGCCGGCGUGCUCAUCGGGAAGAAGGGCGACCAAGUGAAGCAGUUCUGCAAGAAGGUCAAGAUGAAUUGUUCCAUCACCGUAGCAGCGGAUCACACCGCCUACUCCAACGUGAAGCGGCGUUUCCUGCUCACCGAGAACCUGGUCGGCAAGACGCUCCCCGAGCUGCGGUUGCGGGGCGCGCUGGCCGAGGAGACGGGUGAAAUCGGGUCGACCAUCGUCGGGGGCGGUCUGGUCGUCAUCCAGGGGAAAACGAUGGAGGCCGUGCUGGCAACAGUGCAGGCAAUCCAGGCGUUUGCCCGCGAGACGGCGAUCAACCAGUCGAAUCUGCUGGUACUGAUUUUGCUUGCUGACAAGCUGAAAAUUAUUUUCCAUUUUCAUGACAACUGACAGACUGCGCUUAGCUCGUUGACGUGAAAGAUCUACAUGGUUAGUGCAUGUGAGUGAGUUCUUUUGUACGUCGUCCGUAGAGUGGCACGAGGGUGUCCAAAAAUAGCUCCUUUUUAUUCAUCAUCAAGACAAUGCUUGCUCUUAAUCCACGACAGCGUCAAGCUAUCACCGAUGCCAAGGGAAUUAUUACGGAGCCAAUAAUCGAAGAGGUUCGGUAUUGGACUGGCGUGCAGGCUGAGCGCACCAACUCACACGAAGUGCUCGUAAAGCACAGCGACGCCAACCGGCUGCAAGAAGCUGUGAGGGCUUUCGAAGACGUGCUGCGCAUCGCACCGACGCAGCCCGGUACUUACGGAUACGCCUUUUUUCGCAGUUUUUGAUUGUGUAGCCAAUUGCUGUUUUGCCUCCGUGCGAUCAUUUACUUGUAAGUAUCUCACACGCACGACAUCGAGUGAUGCUUACUUUACAUACGAUACGGUAGAAGGUACUUGUGUGGAAAUGAUAACUCAUCCUUCCACUGCAGGUGACGCGGCGAACCUGAUCGAGCACACCGCCUUAGGAGCGUACCUGCUGGAACAGACCGAAAUUUCCCCUACCAGCCGCAAAAGCUCGAAGCACGAAAAAGCGAAGAAGAAAUCCUUCCUCGGGGGAGCGGCAGGAGAUGCGGCAAACAGCAGUUCUGCGCGCGCAAAUGCCAAACCGACCGCGGCAGCGACCGUGGUGUUCACACCGGUUGCAAGUGCAACCCCUGCGUCGUCAAAUCGGCCGGAGAACAUCAAUGGAGCCAAGAUGAAGUCCUCUGCCACUUCCCCUCCGUGUACUUCCAAAGCGGCACCGACCCCGACACUCUCUACGUCAACCUUUCCCGCCAUGAAAAAGGCACCCCAAGUCGCAGCACCACCCGUCAGUAACUGUCCCCUGCGACCUUUGGUGCGAAAUGCUGUUCCCAAAGCCGCGGUAUUUUUUAUUCUGGUGGCCCUUUUCGUUUUACAGCACGAGCUGUUUUACAGUUUUCAAAAAGGAAUAAGUGAAAUUGAGAGUUUGAUUGCACAUCAGUGCUCAUCUAGCGAACAAAGGUCAUUCUUUCAUUCUGUCAUCACCACAUUACAGGUCGGUACAACUACGCUGCAACCCAGUCUGGCGUCCUUCGGUCGGCCAACGCCCAAACACAACCUGCGACCACUGACGCCCGGAAUGUUCCAGCCGCCGGAGGCGCUGCCGGACAGCAUCAAACUUACGGGUCCGUUCGACUUGGACUCAUCCUCCAAGUCGAACACAAAUGAUGAAGCCGCAAGAGGACCGGGAGAGGGACGACAGACGUCCGCAAGUGAGGCAGCUGCGAGAACGUCAGGUUCAUCAUCAUCCACCGACAAGAAUCCUUCGGUUCCCGCAUCGUCUACAGGCGGCCAAGUACAAAAACAAACUGGAACUACCGUAGACAAUAAAAGCGCCCCAGUUGUUGGUUCUACCUCUGUGCCUACAGCAGGCGGUGCGAACCAGCAAGGCUUCGAGCCCAGCCCCUUCGACACCGCCGAUAAAAACGCGAUCAAAAAAGGGAAAUUCACGACGGAACAGCUCCGCGAGGCUCUGGACUACGACGAUUUGUGAUUCGAUCGCUACCUACAUUUUGUGCUUAUUGCACCGAAGGUCCGGGAGAGGACUCGGCGAAGACUUUUUGAAAGAGUUUUUAAAGCUGCUGCAUGUUGAAGAACCUGCUAUGGAUUUGCACGUGCUUUUCAUAUGACAAAAAAUGUACACACCAAUAAAACGAUGAAAUAUUUUGCUGAUGAUUUCUUUGAUGAAGCAGAUCGAUCAUGAUCCUGGAACAAAAAGUGUAUCAAUGUCGCACGGUAUCCCCGUCGAAGAAGUCUCAUUUUGAAAAACGACACGCGCCUUUCACCGAGAAAGAAAAAGUAUAGUUUGAAGUAUUAACAGUCCUGUGUGCGAAUUUAUGCGGUGAAGCACCACGUAGUAAGUAAAAGUUUUAUCGAUUAGUCAUGAGACGCCGCGGCAUGACCUUCUAAGUACCACCAUCUUAUUUUUGGGGUGCCGAGAU